AUGAGCCUCCACAGACAUCGUCGAAUGUUACCAGAGACUCCCGAAAUGUCUCCAGUUAUAAUAGCUCGUCGAUGUCAUCAAAGAGUUCACGAGGUGCGAAGUUUCGAUCCGAAUUUGAUACAAAAUCGAGCUGCUAAUUAUACGUAAGUUCUAUUUUUGCUUUUUCCCGAAAUCCAAAAUCCAAAAUCUAGAAUUGGCUAAAUUUCUAGAUUGAACCAAUUAUUUUCUUUCGUUUUUCUCUCUGUUUAUUUAUUUUGACAUUUCAAGUUUUUUUCCCGAUUACACACUAGAGAAUAGUUUUUCGCUUUCAAGUUUUGUUUGUUCAACUUUUCCAGUCUGAAAGGAAAUUGAAAAAUUUAGUUAAAGUUCAUUUGAUAUAUGAAAAAUAAUUUGGUAAUUUUUUAGGCACCUGAAUUUAAAGUAAUUUUUUUGAAAUUUAAAAAUUCUCUAUUUAACAUGAGCAAUGCUUGAGAGAAUUUACAGUAAGCUUUGAAAGAUUUGAAAAAAACAGUUUUUAAUCAAAAUUUCUUUCUUUCUUGAGUUUAAGAUCUUCCCUGGUUUAAAUUUUUUUAAUUUACAAAUUUGAAAAAAAAAUUUCUCUUGUCAAUUCUAACAUGAGCAAUGCCUGAGAGAAUCUACAGUAAUCCUUGAGAAAUCUGAAAUUUCAGAAUUUAAGAAAAUACGUGGUUUAUUUUUGUCUAGAAAAAAUGAGGAUCACUAACUUGAGCAAUCAAAGUUUUUUUUUCAAAAAUUAGAAUUUUCUGAUUUCAAAAUUAUUCAUUUUUUGUUCAGAAAAAAUGAGAUGAUUAUGAAUCUGAGCAAUGCUUGAAAAAAAAACAAUUUUUAAAAUGAUCCAAGAAAUUUUUCAUUCAAAAAAUAGACUAUUUUUGCGUUUAAUAGGUAUCUUAACAUGAGCAAUCAAAGUUUUUUUUUCAAAAAUUAGAAUUAUCUGAUCUUUAAUAAUAAUAAGUUUAUUUACAUGAAAUCAAAAUCAAACUCGUAAUGUGGACCGGUAAAUAUGAAAUUAUAUCUUGUUUUCCACAAUCCUUUCUUCAUUCUCAAAAAACUUUAAGUAAAAUCGAAAGUUCAUCCGAACUCCUCCUUCAUUCCUGAUCUUUUUUAUGAGUGUUUACCAAUGUUCACAAUUUCCUGUGAUAACAAAUGUUAAGUACUUCAGUUUUUGAGCGCCAAAAAUCCAAGAUUUUUUCGUAUCAUCAUCAUUUAGAGCAAAGAAAAAAUGAAAAUAAAUAUACAUUUUUUUCAUUUCCCACAUGUUUUUUUUUUGUUCUCCUUUGAAAGUGGAAACCUUUUCGGUUCCUUUUCGUAUAUUAUCUCUUUAUUUCUUCUCAAAAAGUGUUCGUAGUUCAUAACAAUAUCUCAUUUUUCAUCGCUUUACUAUUACACCAGCUGACCAGAUGUAUAAAUCUCCUACGUUUUCAUGAUAUCUCGCUGUGUAGAUAAUUUGCUUUUCGGUAAAAAUAGGCGGAACUUUUUUUUUGAAAGUAUGUUUCGAACUUUCUUUUUCAUUUUUGUUCGAAAUACUAGCUCAGAAAAAAUAGUAUAGCAGAUUGAGGGACUUAGAUACUGUUUGAGUUUUCAUCCACGCGAAAUGUCAAGGAGCUACAGAAAAAAAAGAAGAGCGAGAGAGAGUUGAUCUUGUUGGAUAGGCUCACAUGUUUUUUGCGCACAGUCCAUCGUUUUCUUGGUUUUGGAAUUUUUUUUGGGAUUUUUCUUGUGCACUUUUGUUAUUUGUAGUUAGCUAUUUUUUAUUUCAUGGAAUUUUUUGGGUUCUAAAUAUUUUUUAUCUCCGGAAAAAUCUUGAAAUUUGGAAACCUUUUUUCAAAAAUUUUCUAGAUUUUGUGGAUCCAAUUUUUCAGAAUCUGAAAAAUUCGCUAGAAUCACAAUUUUUGAGAAAAUUUCAAAAAUUACUAUUUCCUCAACUUUGAAUUACUGUAGAAGUCGAUCAUAUUCUAGAACAGGAAAAUUAUAUUUUUGAUCCUUCAUUUAAGAUUUUGAAUUUUUUUACAAAUUUUUUUUGAGUUUUGAAAAUAUUUUGUUAGGUUAGGUAGAUCAUAAGGUUUUUUAGAUUCUGAAAAAUUGAAUUGAUGAGAUUUUGAUAUUCAUCAUUCAGAGUUCUGUAGAUCACAAUUUUGAAUUAAAAUUUUUACUGUACUUUUUUCCUACUGUAGAUGUCACUCAUUUUCAAGAAUAUAAAAUUUUUUUGGAUUUAUGAACAAUUUUGAAUUUUUCACAAAACAUUUUAAAUUUUGAAAAUUCUGAACUGUAGAUUGUCAUUUCAACUGAAAAUCCGAAACAAUUUUUUGAAAAAUUAUUCCUUCAGCCAAAUUUUCAGCAAAACCUCUCAGCUCAUUAAAAUUUGCUAAUUAAAACUUUUUUGAAAUUUUUUGAAUCUGAGCUUGCGAUAAAUUCAAUAUUUUUUGAAAUUGUCUAAUUUUCCCAAUUUCAGUGAAUUUUUCCAUCCAUUUAAAAAUCCUGUGGAAAAAUUUUUCAAGAAAAAAUCCAGGAUUUGUUAUGUUUCAAAAAUUUGAUAUGAAAAAAAUGGAGAAAUUGGAGGCUAAUACUAAAAAGAACUAUAAACAAAAAAUAUAUGUGUUUUUCAAUUUUGCAAAUGACUCAUCUUUCUUUUUGUUUUAUCUGUUUAGUCCACUUCGCUCUAUCCAAACAUAAAUAAAUAUUUCUUUUUGGGCGGUUCAAGGCGCCAAUUAGUCGAUCGAAAAUAUCAAUUUGAGUGGUGUGGGUGUAAAGUAUUUAAAAAUCUUCAAUUUCUUACUCAUCUUAUUCAUUUCCCCCCAUUUUCUUUCUUUCUCCCAAGGCAGUUCCAUUUUAUUUUAUUUAUGUUUUUCCUUCCAUUAAACUCUGCAUAUAUUUAUUUAUUUAUUCACUUUUAUUGGCUGAUUAAAUGAGAAACGAAAGAAAGAAAAGAAUAUAUUUUAUUUUUUCUAAAAAAGAUUCAUAAAUAUUCCCUUUUGUGUCUGUGAAAUUUAUGAAAUUCUGGAAAAAAAAGUAUGCUUUGUUCGGUUUGUUCAGCUGGUAUUUUUUAUUUUUAAUUUUCACACGGCCAGCAAAAAUAUUUGAAAAAUCCUAGGUCUUUAAAAACCGAAGCCUAAGAAGCCUAAGCCUAAGAAGCCAAAGCCUAAAACGUUCCAAUUUUCAAAAAAAUUUAAAUCCAGUUUCCACCGCCACGCAAGCAAGUUUGCUCUAUCGCACACAUUUUUUUUCGAAGAAAUUAUUUGGUUUUCUAGGCCAUAUCAUUACUCUUCCAAGGUUUUGAAGAAUAAAUAAAUAAUUUAUGAACUCCGAGAGAAGUACACACAGAUAAAUUAUGUGUGCGAUGGAGCGAACUUGAUUGCUUUGUGAUAAACCUCAAGUUUUUCCCCCGAAGAAACAUAAUUAUUCCCUGUUUUUGCAAAAAAGAGAAAAUUACAGGAAGUUUCUAGAUACCUAUGGCAAAAAAAAAAGAUUUUCUUCUCGCAAUAUUCAUUCUCAUUUUUCAUUUUCGCUCUCUUCUUCUUCCAUCUUCCACCAUCCACCAAAUGGUGAAAGAAGAAAGAGAAGAAUAUGAAUAGGCGGCGAAAUAGUGUUGAAAUAUGAGAGAGUUUUGAGAAAAUGACCAGUGGCGCAAGCAAAAAAAGAGCCCUUCCCGAUUUUAAACAAAACUACUACUAUUCAACAUUUGUUUUUAUUUUUUUAGUGGCUUUUUUUGCUGUUGCAAAUAAUAUGACGCGUUUUUCUUACGAAGGAACUUAAUAACGUUAGGUUUUGAACUUUUAAUGCCAUUUGGUAGAGAUUUGCCAUAAGUGAAGUAGUUUAGCGCCCUUGCUUCAUAUGUCAAACAUUUACUGUAGCAGGAAAAAAGGCUAGGUGGCCGAAUGGUUAGCGCUUUUGCUCCAUAAUUUUUAGGUGAGGAGUUCGAUUCCUCUCCGAGGCAAACUUUUUUUUUAAAUUAAAAAAAAAAAUAAAAACACCUCCCAACUCCACAGUAGUCUUGUUUCGAUCUUUAAAAAAGUAUAUCAAAUUUUGUCUGAAAAUAAGUCGGCCUAUAAAAAAGACCAAAUGCAAUUUGAUAUGUUCCGAAAGGAAAUAAACUCAAUUUUCUUUGACAAAAUUUCAAUAAUUUUUAUUUGCAUUGAGUGCUUUUAGUUUUUUUUUCUUCUUAAAAUACCAACCUUUUUUUAUUAGUUGAUUUUUUUGCGAAAAAAACAACAAAAAAAACAACAACAGUUGUUUGACGAAUCAAAAAUCUUUUUUAUUUAUUUUUUUGCAGAAGUAGUACACAAAACGUGCUGAAAAUCGGAGAAGACUUCAAUUUAGAAGAAAUGCGGCAACAACCUUUGAGAUCGCAAAGUUUUAAACAUCGCGCGAAACCGCAAGUUGAGGUUAGUUUUGUUAUUUUUCUGAUCUGCAGAAAAAUAUUAAGUGCUUGAGUAAAUAUAAUUUGAUAGUUAGGGAAACUCGAUAAUGUAUAUACUAUGGUUUAGUUAAGCUAAGUUAUUCAAAAAAAUUAUCAAAUAAAAUUUUCUUGGAAAAUAUAUUUGAGAAAAAAUUUUGGUGAAUUUUUCAAUUAAAAAAACACAAAAUAAAAAAUACGUGGAAUUUUUUCGAAAAAAAACCAGGAUUUUUUAUGUUUCAAAAAUUUGGUAUGAGAAAAUUCAGAAAUUGAACGCUAAUCAGAAAACUCUUCUCGGUGAAAAUUAAUUAGUAAGAUGUUUUCACUGCGAAGAUGUUUACCCUUGAAAAAUUUAGAUAUGGCCUAGAAAACCAAAGAUUUCCUCUUCCACGGCUCGAAUAAUUCAAUUUCAAAUUUUUCGAGAAUUCAUCUGACUCAGAGAUUCGCUGGCCAGCUCGCCACUAGAUCAGGACCAGGUGGCCGGAAAGUUCAAAACGAGCUGAAUUUGACUCGGCCACCAGGUCGCCUUGACUUUUCCGGCCACGUGGCCUGUGUGUUUGACAUCCUGGAAAGCCAGCAAGACGGUGGUUUGUACUCAAAAUAGUGCAUUUUUUACUGUUUUUUUCACUUCCUAAGGUUUCUAGUACUCCGAAAAAACAGAAAAUGAGCCAAUUUCUUCUAGAAUGCUCGGAUUCACAAGUUUUUUGGACUUUUUUCUCUUAAGCGAGACGAUCUGGGCGCGAGGUCGAGUCGAGCUGGACAACCUGGGCGAGGUGGUCUGCAUGAACUGAACCACCUCGCGACCAGGUCGUCUGGCAAAAAAUACGGGCGAUGUGGUUGUCCGUGUCAAUUUCAGAUGGGCAGUCGACCCCACCUAGUGACCAGCUGGCCAGCGAAUCUCUGAGGACUUGAAAUCAGGCCAGAUAGCCAUAAGUUCGUAAAUUACUAACUAAAAUAUCUAGAUGAACUUUCUCAAAAUUCAAUCUCACGAUCUUUUUCAGUGUUUUCCUCUGACAAAUCUCGAAUAUUUUUUAAAACCAUUGAAACAAGUGGGUCAAACAAGGACCAUCACAUGAUGAAAUCAUUUCAACACUCGAAAAAAACCCCAGAAGAACGAAUCAAAUUGUUUUUCAGAUUCGUCGAAUGGCAGUUGAUGAUGUUGGAACAACAACAGCUCCAAAUGAGAGGCGUCGAUCAACACCAACAGUUUCGCGAAGACCAAGUUUGUCAAGGUAAGCGAUGGCAUAUGUUUGUCAGAUGUGUUGGAAGAAUUAGUUUAUAAAAUUUAUUACAUGUGUUGAAUGAAUGUGUUGUGUUUACCAAAAACGAAACGAAAUGAAGAAGGCGGGUUCCAGAUAAAGCAAACAAAUGCCAGAUGUGUGCAAAAAUCUUGGAAUUUUCUUAUUCUCAUUUUGUUUCAGACAACGAAUCAUGGAGCCAAGAACUGAUGUGUGGCCAGAAGCAAAGUCGAAUAAUGUUGUGGAGGAGAGAUUUUUGAAGUUGCCCGAUUCGGAUGAUUAUACAAGGUGAGAUUGAAUUGGGAAUUCAAAUCUAUUGAUUUCUAGGGGCGUCUACUUGGCAUAGACGCUCUCAAGGGACGACUUCUUGUCAGCGUCGAUCUCUAGGCGCCGCUUCCAGAAACUUAGGUUCCUUAGAGGUGGCUACUAGAGAACUAGGAUAUCUAGAUCUUCUCAAGAUAAAAGUUUUACCCUAGACCAUGAAAUUGGAGAAAAUCUGAAUUUCUUCCCCCAAAAACUCGCUAAUUUCCAGAGUUCGUCAAUUCAAAAUCGAUGAAAAAGGCGCAGUUGUGUCACGUGGCGAUAGUUUCCGACGAAAACGUACCACCACCAACAAAUCCGACAAAUCACCAUCGCCAUUCCCCGUCUCUGUCUCAACCGAUUCAGCAAGAGGUUCACGAAGUGAAUCCGAAGCCAGUGAUCCACUCGCUGAUGAUAUCUCGAAACUAACUGUCAAUGAUUUGCCCAACACUUCGAAUAGUCAUAAAACGUAUAAAAUAUUUGUUAUCGGCGAUACUGGAACCGGCAAAAGUUCGCUUAUUUCUCAACUUAUCACGUCGGAGUAUAAAAAUGCGUUUGCUGAUGAAAUUCGUAAGUUUUUAUAUGGAAUUUUGAAAAUGUUCACAAAAAUUGAAAAAAAGAUUUUUUAAAGAGCAAAAAUAAAUCCCCUGAUUUUGCAGAAGAUUAUGAGAACACCGUAUCAAUUUGUAUUGGAGGAGUUGAAUGUGAUUUGGUAUUCUUCGAAAGUGAUUUAGCUGAUGAUCAUUGGUUGACAAAUGAAGUGCACGCAUUUGUUGUUGUUUAUAGUAUUGAUUCGAAAUCGAGUUGGAAAUUGGCACAUAAUGCGUUGGAAAUGAUUCGUGGAUCGAAUGAUUGUAAGAAUACACCAAUUAUUGUGGCUGGCAAUAAAAUUGAUUUGGAAAGGAAGAGAACUGUGACUAAACAAGGUGAGAAUAUUAUGGUUAGAGACUUGGCUGAGUAUCUAAUGUGAUUUGAGAAUAACACAGGAUCAAAAUUAGGCCACGUGGAACUUUGGAAAACGUUAAAUACGCAGUAAAAAUUCGAAAAUUUUUAGACUAAUUUUGCUGCGUAUUCGACUGAGUAUCUAUCGAUACCAAACAAGAUUCCUUUUUACAGAAGUUCGUAUUGCUAAGGCUUCCAUGGGUUUUGAAAAUUUCGAAAUCUCAGUUGCUCUCGAUCACGAUGUUGAUGAUCUUUUGAUCGGAUUAGUCGCAGAAAUUCAAGAAGCUUUUGCACCAGAAUCUAUUCUUCAAAAGGUAUUUGAAUCUUUUUCCAAAUUAUAUUUCAUUCAAAACCUUUCCAGCCUUCACCACGUCAUAACGUUGUCGAUGACUUCCAUAGUGCAAUUCGACGAUAUUCACAAAGAAAAAAGAAGGCAUUACCAAAUGAUAUGGAAGGUGGAAAAUGUUCGGUUCUCUCACCAACCAAUUUAUUCGCCAAAUUUCGAAAUUGGCGACGUGGAAGUUCGCCAAGGAUAGAAACUAACUAA